AUGGUCGAGAAUGUAGAUGAAGUCUUCGAGAAUCAGAGAUACUUCGGGCCUGUCGGAUGGCAAGCACCUGGCUUGCUGGACCGGUCGGAUUGGACCGAUGCUGAGGGAAAGCCAGUCAAAGCAGAGCCUUUUCCAAACGAUCCCAGCACCGACUCUUGGGAUUUCGUGUUGGAUCAUAGCACCGACGCAGAGGGAUGGCUUUACGGCUCUGUGUUCAGGCGGCGCCACUUCUACGAGGUCCUCCCCAUGGACCCAGUGGCGUGGCCGCUGCUGCUGGCUGCCCACAGAGAGGUCCUCCGCACUUCCAUGGCCCAGAAGGCUGUGCUGAACCGCGUGGAUCCCAGCACCAUGCAGCCGCCUUGCGCGCAGGCAAGCUCCAGCCUCCUCCAGGAGCCAGGAAGCGAGCUUGGAGAGCAGGAUGUCCCUCAGACUCUGCUCCAGGCGCUGCUGUGUGGUGCCAUGCACUCUCGGGCUGCCUACGGCUACGCCAUGGCUGCCGGCCACGUGUCAUCCCUCCUCAAUUUUGCGCUGCUACAAACGGUGCAUCAGUUUGACUUCUGUGCAGCGGGCGGCGCGUCAGGCGAGGCAAACAAUGAGGCGGUGUCAAACCUGGCGGGUGUGAUGCCUGGCCAUUUGCUGAUGGCAGAGUGGAACAACAGCAUCGGCCGCCCCUGCCACUAUGUGGCUGCAGACCUCGCCAACCACUGCAUUGUUGUGGCAAUCAGGGGCUCCCUGGAAGUGGGCGACAUGCUUUCAGAUGUGACUGCGGUACCCAUGGAGAUGACCCUGAUGGGGGUGCAAGGCAAGGUGCAUGAGGGAAUGAUGUCUGCCGCUACAUUCGUGCAUUGCAAUACUGUGGAAGCUAUGGAGGCAGCUGCGCAGAGGUUUCCUGGCUGGCAUGUGCUGGUCACCGGCCACUCCUAUGGCGGAGGUCAUUCUACGUGCAUGAACCAGAAGUCAUUUGCAUUGCAAAACAGGUGGCGUGGCAGCUGCGCUGCGGUCUUCAGCCUGGAACUAGCCGAGAUGGUCACGCCCUUCACCACGUCUUUUGUGUACGGGGCGGACGUGGUGCCUCGGCUAAGUGCUGCGAGCGUGGAGGGCGCCUUUCUGGAGCUGGCCGCUGCAUCGCCCGUGCGUACUGCCGCUGCCAAAUUCGGCCGCCAGGUCACUUCCACACUGGAGGGCCUGAAGCGCUAUGCGCUCGGUCACCUGAUCCUGCCCCGCGAAUCUGAGGAGAUGCACAGCCAUGCCUUAUAA